AUGGAGUGUGACAUUUUGGACUCUCUGGAGCAGCUCAGCUAUGACGGCUCUCUGGUGGAGGAGAAGGCGCUGCUCAGAGCCGCGGAGGGAGGCCUGUCCUGCCCGGAGUACGUGCAGCUGUGCCGGUGGCUGGCGGAGCGGCUGGGGCCGCUCUGUGGGCUGGAGGAGACCAUCACCUCAGGACCAGAGGAGCUGGAGAGCCUGCAGCUGGAGCUGAGCGGCCUGCUGAAGGAGCUGCACUGCCCGUACCAGGAGGCCGUCUCUGGGGUUCUCAGGGGCUCUGCGCCAAACACAGAAGACCACCUCAAGUUCCUCCUGUUUCUGAGCUCCGAGCUUCAAGCCGCCCAGAUGCUGAGGAGCAGGCGGGCCUCCGAGAGGCACGCAGAGCGGAGUCCGGUUCACCAGGAGCUCUCAGCUAUCUGUGAAACGCUGCAGCUGCCCGGAGGGCCGGACGCAGCCCAGCUCUUCCCUCAGGUCCAGGCCCAGGUAAAAAACGUACUUCAGGCUCUUCCUGAAGGCUCCAUUGGAAACCCAGUGCUGAAUAAGCCUCUUAGCAGUGAACAGUGGGAGGCGCUGCGAAACAUCAACGGCGCUCUGGCCUCGGAGUACGAGUGCCGGCGCAGGAUGCUGAUCAAACGGCUGGACGUCACGGUUCAGUCAUUCGGGUGGUCGGACAGGGCCAAGGUGAAAGUGGACAGCAUGGCCAGAGCUUACCAGCCAAAGAGACACUCCCUGCGGCCGCAGUCCACGGUGGACAUGGCCCAGCUGCUGGCCGCCAGAGAGGACAUCUGCAACGUGGUGAAGACCAGCAGCGGGUCCAGCAGGGAGAAGACCACGUGUGCUGUCAACAAGAUCCUGAUGGGGCGAGUGCCAGACCGAGGAGGGCGGCCCUCUGAGAUGCAAGCCCCUCCUCCUGAGAUGCCGCCUUGGCAGGAAAGAAAGGAUGGAGGAGGAGGAGGUGGUGGAGGUGGAGGCUGGGGUCAAGGAGGACACGGUGGCUGGGGAGGCGGAAGCUGGAAAGGAGGACGCGAUAGAUAUGGAGAUUACGGAGGACACGGAGGAAAGAAAGGACGAUACCAGUACUAG